CAGGACUUGCCAAUGUUUUCGCUAGAUGCCAAAAACGAACGAUGGAUGGCGUGGCCGCGAUCUAAAGACCGGUGAGGAUCCGGGAGACAUACUGUUCUCGGAAGAUAAAACACGGUCUGUCGUUCGGGCGCAGACUCCGGCGACUAUUUGUUCACCUCCGAUUUCCCCCCGUCUAAAUAACAUGGAUCGAUCGCUUUAAGAACCGGCGACGGCGAGGGUUUAAAAUAUCACCAGAUCCGGCGAGAGAGAGGACAGAUGGGGACUUUCCAAUCCAAAGCCUCUCCGGCAAAUACUUCCAUCCAUGAAUUCACGGUCAAAGAUGGCAGCGGCAAGGACGUCGAUUUGGGGAUUUACAAGGGGAAGGUGCUUCUCGUCGUCAAUGUUGCUUCCAAAUGCGGGUUCACGGAUAGCAAUUACACCCAGUUGACAGAGCUCUACAACAAGUAUAAAAACAAAGAUUUUGAAAUUUUAGCAUUUCCAUGCAAUCAAUUUUUGCGACAAGAACCCGGGACAAACCAGGACAUAAAAAAUUUUGCAUGUACAAGAUACAAGGCUGAGUAUCCAAUUUUCCGAAAGGUUCGAGUAAAUGGUUCAGACACAGAGCCAGUUUAUCAAUUUCUUAAAGCAAGCAAAACUGGUAUAUUGGGUUCUCGAAUAAAGUGGAAUUUUACCAAGUUUCUAGUCGAUAAGGAGGGCAAAGUGAUUGGCCGAUAUGGGCCAACAACUGCCCCAUUGUCCAUUGAGAAAGACAUCCAGAAAGCAUUAGGAGAGAUUUAGCAGUCUUCUGUUCAGACUGGGGAGAGAAUGGUCUUCUGUUCAGACUGGUGUACCAUCCUUUGCAUGAAUAUAUGCCUACAUUGCUGUUUUGUUCAUAUGACCAUUUGAUCAUUAUUUCGUGCUUUGACUUUUAUUAUUUGCAAAUAGAGUCGCUUUUAUGGGUUUGGUCAUCUUACCGGCUUUGAAGUAUCUUGUGCCUUUUGUCCUAGAGAUGUACAUGUUUGAGUUUGUGAACUGUCAAAUGUCGUUGACCUGCAUUUGGUUUUGGUAUAUUUUGAAAGCAGAAGCCAGUAAAUGGAUGUAAACUGAACCAUAUCCCAGCAUCCAUUGCAUCUUAUUACUGAAUGGGAGUCCCCAAAAAGGUUCUUUCUGAUUCAUUCAGCAUUCAAGCCACGUUUGAUACUUUGGAGCAGGCUACGUUUGAUCCGGGCUGGUGGAACCUGCCAUAUUUCUCAGCAAACAUGCAAACAUGAAGCAUCUUUCCUGCUGUUUUAUAAGAUUUUGCCGAUUUCACCAGCUGCGAGUUCCAUUAUAUUCCGUUUGCUUGGAAAUUGGUUCAAAAUUACUAGUACACAACAGUUGGGAGUUCCAUUGCAGAAAAUGUCGAGGCAGUUGCACACAAAAUGUGUUCCACCAAGUAUUUGUAGGGUAUCCACAUUAACAUCAAUGGAUAUCUUUUCAUUGAUA